UGUCUGAAAGGCCGAAUCGCCUAUGAGUCGCCAUUGAGCGAGAAAACAUUUGAUAUAGUGGAAUUUGUACAGCGACGGAAACAACGUUUACCACACAGCUAGAUACAGGAGGCACGACGGCACAUCCCGGUAGAUAUUUAGCUCGUUUUCCCGGUUCCGUGGAGACAUGCUUGGUUAGGAGAGGCAGCCGUUCUGAGACUUGCCUCUGUUGUCGGUGCUCAAGCUGCUAACAUUACUUUUGCCAGCUCUUUGUGUCGACAUGGUUUGUUUUUGUUGACGGAAGCCUCUCCUAGCUUUGGCUGGGACCCUUUGGGUAGAUGUUUAAGUGUCAGAAAUUGGGCUUUGGUAGCGAAAUACACGAGUGACAACGGCAUAAACGACACAGUGAGUUAGUUAGGAUCCAAAAUCCGAACUGAACGGCAAGGUGUUUGGAGAGAGGAGAUGGGCAACUGUUUGAAAUCUCCCACUUCGGAUGAUAUCUCUUUGCUCCACGAGUCGCAGUCAGACAGAGCUAGUUUUGGCGACGGCACUGAUCCGGAGCAGGAACCGCCACCGCCUUACCAGGAGCAGAUCCCUGUGCCCAUCUACCAUCCCACCCCGAGUCAGGCCCGGUUGGCGACGCAGCUGACAGAAGAGGAGCAAGUGCGCAUUGCCCAGAGAAUUGGCCUCAUCCAGCACCUGCCAAAAGGGGUGUUCGACCCUGGCAGUGAUGGCACUGAAAAAAAGAUACGGGAGUGUGUAAUCUGUAUGCUGGAUUUUGUAUAUGGGGAUCCCAUUCGGUUCCUGCCCUGCAUGCACAUCUACCACAUGGACUGCAUCGAUGAUUGGCUAAUGCGCUCCUUCACCUGCCCUUCCUGUAUGGAGCCUGUGGAUGCUGCACUUCUCUCAUCCUACGAAACCAACUGAAGGCUGUGUUGAUCUUACCCCUACACAUACAUAUGCGUGUACACACACACACAAACACACACACACACAGAGCCCCCAGUCCCAGCUCACACUUUUCUUUUCAAGGAACUAACCCUUCUACAGUUCCACAGUGAGGAGUCUGGAAGGGGUAGUAACCCAUGGCACCAUGGGAUACUGGAGGACCUGAGAUGCUCUCCUGGGUUGUCCUGCUGGACAGGGAAACCUGCAUGAGCCACACAAGUGACUGUCCUUCUUUAGCAUCCCGACAAACCAUUCUGCUGUGGCAACUCUUACACUGGACGGCAUUAAACAGUAGAAAAUAGUACAAAAAAAGACUUAGGGGAAAAUGCAAUUUGUCUUGUUCUCCCUCCUCUUCUCUGUCGGUAGUGCAGUGGGGAGUGGGGCUCUCUCUCUUUCUCUCUUUCUUUCUUUUCUCUCUAAUUUUUCUCUCAUUUCUGUUAAGGGCUCAUUUGAUUUCUCAGCUGAGAUGAAAAUGAAUAUAUUAUGAAAUGCGCUUGCACACAAAUUACAAAUGGUAAAAUUUGCACUUCUCAGAGACAAUUUAUCCCACCAAGCCCCUCCCUGUCCACACAGAGGCGUGUGUGACCACUCAUUCCAUUCAGCUCCCAGCCUUCAGCUUUCCUUUUGGGUACCCUGCAACUGCAGCCACUUGCUGUGGUGGGAAAAUAGAAGUAGAACCUCUCCAUUGGUGGGCAUGAUCAACAUGCCUGAAUGCCAGUUAGCCUGAAGUGUUUUUUUUUUUUUGUUUGUUUGUUUUUAUUUUGUUAUGAUUUCUUUGUUUGUUUGUUUGUUUGUUUUUUUAUUUUUGGUUAAUUUAGGAGUAUCCUAAAUAUGCAGUGUUCUCUGUAAGAAAUUGGAGAUUGAGACAGUUUUUAUUUUUUUGGCUCUUGAACACCUUGGAUUUAACAUGUAACUGUGCUUUUGUGAGGUUAAAGUGCAUUCAGCUUUAAUUUGAGGUUAUGUAUGACCAUAUCAGCUGGAGCAUGUGGGAAUUACAGCCGUUUUUAUACAUCCUCUGAGGGGAUGAGAAAUCAUUGUGGACAUUUGGCUGCUCAGUUGUUUUUUGGCCUGCAUUUCACUGCAUGAUUAACUCAUGCUCAAGAUGAUGAUAAUGAUAUAGAGUUGCCUCUAGAUGUGGCAUUUGCAUCUGAAGUCUCUUGCUGUUUUUCCAAUGGCAGUAAAGCAGGCCAAAAAAAUCAUUAAAUCACAUGGAGACACAGAAAACAUUGGGUGUGUCAGAAUCAACUGUUUGGUACAUUGUUGAGCAAGAACGCAAUAGUGAGCUUACCAGUAGCAAAAGAUCUGCCAGAUCACUGAAGACCAAAAUAAGGAACGACCAAAGAAUCAUAAGGAAAAACUGAUGACGACAUUGUAGAUGUAUGAAAUACACCUGCAUGAUCUGCGGGAGUCACCACAAGUUGCAAACCACGAGCAUGUCUCAAACAGAAAGGCCUAGAUUAAAGAGUACAUAUAAAAAGCCUGUGGAAUUUUGAGACGUACUCUUCUGAGCAGAUAAAUAUUAACCCUGGACCAGAGUGACUGACGUCAGCUGCAGGAUGAAAGAAUUUCUGAAGUGUACAGAAGUAUUUUAACUGUUCAGCUCUGACCAUAUGCCUCGGAACAUGUUGGAUGGCACUUCAUCUUGUAGUAGGACAGUAACCUGAAAAAUGCAGCUGUGGAAUUAUUUCAUUGGUCCAAAAGUUGGACAUUGUUGAUUGGCCAAGUCAGUCACCUGACCUGAACACUGAACUGAGCAUAUAUUUCCCUUACUAAGGACAAGACUGAAGGCAAAGUAGAGAGAGAGAGAGAGAAAAAGGCAGGAAGUGAAAAUGGCUGCAAUAAAGGCCUGGCAGAGAAUCACCUGGGAAAAUACUCAAGACUGGGUGAUGGCUGUUAGUUGCAGACUCCAGGCAGUUAUUAAACCUGAAUAACACCAUUUAAAUACAUUAUACAAAUAGUUUACAAUAAUAUGUACAGUUACUUAUGGUACUCUGAAAUAGAACUGACCCUGAACAAAAACAAUCCUAUACAGUUUGCUAUAUAUUGCAUAUUUUUCUGAAGUGAAAAUAAAUUAACACAGCCUCUAGAGGGGACAAACUUAGUUUCUGCAAAAUCAGGUGCACACUUUGUUUAUUUGCUAAUUUCAACAAACAAAUAAAGCAUUAAUAAUAAACGCAUAAAGCAUCAAAUAUAAAAUAAGCCAAAAUUUUACCCAAGCCACAUUUUAUGUUUCUGCUUUCCAUAUGUUUAAUUCAGCAAAUAAAAAGUAUUUAUUUACCAUCCAAAAAAAACGUGAUCUUCAGAAUUUAGGCAGUUCAGCAGAAAGCAAAAACAUUUGAGUUUUAUUGUAGGUUAAUAUAAUGAGAUUUUAUUCAUUUCAUUUCUAUCAUGACAUUUUACACAGCUGUAGUGAUGUAGAAAAAUAUAAAUCAGAAAAAAUGCAUUUUAUUUUGGUCUGGACAGUCGUGAUAUACAUUGUUGUAUUUGAUGGCAUUUCAGGUUGCAUAAAUUAAUGCUUUAUUAAAGUUGUUUUCUUUACGUCCCGUUAUAUUAUAGAUGUUAACCAGAGAUGUGCCACAUUUGUAUUUGGAACGGUUCUUUCAAAAAACGGUUCUUUUUAGUACCCAGCAAACAAACCCAAUUGUGGUAAACUGGCCUGGAUACUCUGUGUGAAGGAAACAAUAGAUUAAAAAAAAAAAAAAAACUAAAUACUGCUUGGCCACCGUUGUUAAUGAUAAAACGCUCUUCAUGUAUUAACACUGAAAAUCAUGGUGUACUGGUAGAGAUGAUGUAUUGUCCACCAUGUUCUGUAUGAAUUUAGACUAGAGCCAAAAUAAGAAAAAUUGCCAAUGUCCAGUUGCUUACAGAAUGCUCUGUAAACCCUCGAGAGGAGGAAGUUUUCUGCUUAGGUUUGUUCUGGAAUGCUGUUGCUUAUGAAUGACUUGUGAGAAGGUUUGGAAGCAUUGUGGCAGAGCUAGUGCUGCCAUUGCAUUCUGAAAUAUCAGAGAACCUUUUUUUUCUUUUCUUUUUUCUUCAUUUUCUUUUAAUCAUAUUUCUUGUGCUCAUAUUAAUUAGAGUAAUUAAUAGUAGUGUUAUAGCUUGUUUAUUACCAGAACCAAAUCUUAUUUAAAAAGAUCACUGGAGCAAUGAAAUGCGUGGCAACAGUCUUGACUGCUAUAAGUAUGCAAGAAUAGUUUUAAUUAUAAGUAAAUAUGAAAAUAUUGGAUAAUAAUGGAUAAGGAUUAUUUGUUGGUGACCUAUUAGUAGUUGAGUACAUUCUAUUGUGUGCAUCAAAGGCAAACUUCUGGGGAGUUACUUGCCUUCCUUUUCUAAUAACAGGACUAAUACACAUCCUGUUUGUUAAUCCUUUUCUUACAUAUACACCACAAUGACUUAUUAAAAAAGUAUGCAUGAGUGUGCAAUUACCACACCAUUUACUUUGACACUUUGAUUUGCAGAGGCUUUUACCCCCUCAUUUAUCUGCAUAUUUAAACCACAUACAGUAGUUUUGCUGUUGUUGAUGUACUUAUAGAUUGUUUUGUGACUAAUUUUUAUUUUAAUCAAAUCUCAUGCUUUAAAGGAAGGUCAUCAAGCAUAAAUAUGACAACGUAGAGACUGUAAAUCUGUAAUUGCAUAUCUGACUUUUCAUAGUAAUUGUUUUUUGAGGUCAAAGUCAGUUUGAAUUACUUGCACAGCUCUUGCUCGGGCAGCAGGAGAAAGCAGUUGUUGUUUUGGCCUGCCUCCAUACUGUGUCUCCUAUUUCUUCUUUUUUGCCUCUCUUUAAAACAAAACAAAACAAAAAAAACAACACAAAAAAAACAGAAGAGGUGUAAAGUUGUCAAUGCAUGAACCGAAACCUGAGUGAGACGGACGUGCAGUGGCCAACAAUCUGUGUAUACAUCUGAAACAUCUCUUAGCCUAUGUGUAAGCUGUUCAAAUACAGACCCUUCCUUCUUCCCCUCCCUUAUUUGAUGGUGAAGCACAGAAGAGCUUUGAAAAUGUUGCUCCAUUUUUGUAACUCCCCUGUCAUCAGUUCUAUAAAAGGAAAACAGAGUCAUCUUCAUGACUAAAGGAAGUGGAAACUUGUUGCUGGUUUUUGUUGCGCUGUUUUUUUGCUCUUGAUAUUUGAUAAUGAGGUGGUAUCCUGCCCAUCUCCCUGUUACCAUCUUCAUCUCUGAACUUACCCAAACAUGUCAACAAAAAAUGAAACACAGAAGUGGCUGCUAUUAAAGUAAUCUUUUUCCAAGUUUCGUCUGUGUUGGAACACGUUUCUUGUGGCUGUGUGGUUAUGAUAGGGAAUUUGUUCGUGAAACCCUUGGGUUCUCAUAUGUGGUCAGCUUAACGCCAGCUAAGUUUUGUGAAGUAACAUAAGAGCAUAAGUAUAAGAGUAGCAUAAGUUAUUUUCUUUUUUUUUUGAAUGGCCUCGCCAUAUUUCCCUUAUAGAGAAUAAUUUAUUAACUGGGCAUUCUCAAAGGGGCAUUCUGGCCUAAAACUAGCAUUGUCAUGUGCUGUUCUGUAGUGCAGUGUUGCAUCAUCCGACUUGUCGGUUUGAUGGAAUUCAUGAUAUUAUUAUUAUUUUUUUAUUUUUUUUUUUUUUGUAUUUUCAGCCAUUGAUGUUCUCUCACUAUAAUACCCAGCAUGUGCUACACAUAUGUCCUACAACUCCACAUGCCAGUGAUGAAAUGAAUCCUGACUGCUAACAUUGCUGCGGAUGUAAAGGCUAAUAAAUGCAGGUAAUGAUAGCCAGUUAACAGGAGAAAAAAAAUGUUUCAAACAGCCUGUCCAGUGCUUGUAGUUUUUCAAAAAUGUCUCACACCUUCAAGGAACAAUCAGAUCAGGGUUUUGCUAGUCUUUAAAUUGGAAAAUCUGGCUCUAGAGACUGUGCGCUGCUGUAGAAGGCGAGUCGGCGAGUAGCAGUGGCUGUUUUUCAGUUUUGCUAGAUUGUCCCUUUCAAUUGCAAUAAGCUUUAGCUCUAGGGUCAGCUUGGUAAUACCUGCUGUAGUAGGCCAACGUGAACAGCCAGUUAUGUCCCCUCUGCAGGAAGCAGUUUUCUUUUGCCUCUCUGUACAGCAUGGAGGUCUCUUGCCUUAGUUGGCAUGUAUGGGUUCCCACUGGAAGUCUCAGACUGGCAUCAGCUUUGAGGAGGCCAGACAGACCUCACCUUCUCUGUACCAUGCUCAUGGACGUCACUGCCAUUACACCCACCAAUGGAACAAACCAACAAUGCAAUGUAUGGUAGACUUUCUACAGUGUAGAGAGAGACCAGUAGAUGUAUGUGGAUGUGUUGUGUGCUGACAGUGAGAGUCUCCUGUUUGUGAGUAUAUAUUUAUAUAAAUAUGCAUCUGAUAUGUACUGCAGGCAAAUAAUAAAUAGUGUCUAUGCUA